ACGACUCGGACUCGAACUCGAACCCGGCUGACCGAGUACAAAAAGCCUAAGCAUUUUGCUUGACAACAUUCAUCUCAUCAAUUCCCUGCCAUUCUAGGUAUUCUUCAUCCUCUGUAAGUUCUGACUUGUGUUUAUCCAUUUUAUUAAAUACAUAUAUAUAUUUCUAUUUCUGCACAUGUAUGCAUAUGGAUUCAGUAGAAAAGCUCAAUUCUGUAAUAAAAUUGACAGAAGCUCGAGAAGAGCAGGUAGAGAAAGCUAUGCUCUCUCUACUAGUUGAGUGGAAGAAUCUAGAGAGUCUAGAUUCUUCCACUCAACAACUGUUACAGGAUUGCUUCACCAAUAUUCAAUCAAGGGAGGCUCAGUUGAAUGAGGUGAAGCAAUCUGUAACGGCUCGGUUGAGUGAGGUGAAGCAAUCUGUAACGAGUAGUAGUGAAGUACUUAAUGAGGUGAGGAAUAGUUUGGAGAGUAGGAUGAAGGAGGUGGAGAGGAGGGAGAGGGAGGUAGAGGGUGAGGAGAGGAGAGUCGAGGAGAAGAGGAGGGAGGUGGAAUGUGUGUUCGAGAGGUUUGAGAUGGAAAAGAGAAAGUGGGAGGGGAUUAAGGAGGCGAUUGAGGAGAGGUUUGAGGUGGUUAGGUUGAAGGAGAACAGUAUUGAGAGUCGGGAGGUGAAAUUGGAGGCGAUAUGCGGGGAUUUGGAGGAGAGGGAGAAGGAGGUGGGGAGGAUGCGGGAGGUGAUUGAGAAGAGGAGUAAGGAGGUUGAGGGUAUGGAGGAGGGUUUUGCUUCAAAGGUGAGAAAUUUUGAGAUGGUUAGGACGAUUGCGGUUGGAUAUUGUCAGCGGUUUAGUUUGCAGAAGGAGCAGUUGGAUUUGGAGAAGAAGGAGGUUGAGGAGAGGGUUAAGGAGCUUGAAAAGAAGGAGAAGUGUUUGAAGGAGCGGGUUGAAAUGAUUGAUAAGAGGGAGAAGGAAAUUGAUGCAAAGAAUGUUAUGAGCAAAGAACGAUGUGAGGGAGUUGAAAUUAGGGAGAAAAAGCUUGAAGAUCGGUUGAAACAGUUUGAAUUGAAAGAGAAGCGGUUAAAGGAGUCGAUGGAAGCUAUGGAUUUGAAGAAGAAAGAAAAUGAACUGAAGAACGUAUCUAGUGAAGAAAGCUGUAGGAGACUUGAACAUAGGGAGAAAAAGCUUGAAGACCAGCUGAAAGACCUUGAAUUGGAAAAGAAGCACUUCAAGGAGUGGGUGGGAAGCAUGGAAGUGAAGGGGAAAGAAAUUGAUUUGAAGAAUGCCUUAAGUGAAAAAAGGUGCAGGAAACUUCAAAGUAGGGAGAAAAAGCUUGAUGAUCAGAUGAAAGAAUUUGAAUCUAAAGAGAAGCAAUUCAGAGAACAGGUGAAAACUAUUGAUAUAAAGAAAAAAGAGGUUGAUAGACGGAGGAUUCUGAAUGAAGAAAGAUGCAAAAAACUUGAUUUAAUGGAGAAAAACCAGAUUGAGUUCUUGACUGAAUUUAAAUUAAAAGAACAGCAGUUCGAAGAACGCGUCAAAAGUUUUGAGAAGAAGGAGAAAGAAGCUGAUUCAUUCCGAUUAUCAUGUGAAGACAGAUGCGGGAAAUUUGAGUUGGAGAAGGAAAGAGCAUUUGAUUUGAAAGAGGAGCACUUUAAAGAACGGGUUAAAACUAUUGAUUUGACGGAGAAGGAAAUUGAUUCAGUGUGGAUUUUGAAUGAAGAAAGAUGCAAGAAACUUGACUCAAUGGAGAAAACUCUUCAAGAAUUGUUGACUGGAUUAAAAUUAAAAGAGCAGCAUGAAAAUCGAGUAAAGAGUAUUGAGGCCAAGGAGAAAGAAGUCGAUUCAAUCAGAAUUUCGUGUGAAGAAAAAUGCAGAAAAUUUGAGUUGGAGAAGAAAAAACUCGAAGACCAGAUUAAAGAAUCUGAAAUGAAAAAGAAACAGUUAUGCAAUGUUGACCUCUCAAUUGUAAAACCUGAGCCAUGCAGUGUUGAUGGUUCAUAUGCAGAUAUAAGAUUUUCUAUAACUAUGGGUGGAAAGAAUUUGCUCUUGUAUUUAAUUAGUCAAAAAAGGGAUCUUCAUUCUAUGAGUGACGAAGUUUUUAGGGCUCUUAGGAUGUCAGUGUAUCCUGCAAAACUAGUCUUAGAUGCAAUGCAAGACUUUUACCUGAUACUAGAGAAUAAGGAGUUCGAAGCAGAUGUAGUUUGUAAAAGUAGCAAUCUUUUGUUGGAGCAGUUGAGGAGAUUUUCUACUCAGAUUCAACCAUGUCUUAGAAAAGCAGCCAUGGAACUUGCACAUGAAUGGGAGAAUAAAAUGAAGAGCUCAGGGGAGGUUACUGUUUUCCUGAACCUUUUAGCGUCCUAUGGGCUGGGGACUGCUUUUAACCCAGGAAAGUUCUUAACUCUUUUUGAGGUUAUCGGUCAGCAUAAACAAAUUUCAGAGUUAUGCCAGCUCCUUGGUUACACCGAAAAAAUAAGCGAUCUUAUUCAAGUUAUGUUAAAAGAGCAUCAGCACGUUAAGGCUGUUAAAUAUGUUUGUGCUUUUGGGCUUCGUGACAAGUUUAAACCUGCAUCACUUCUAAAAGAAUUGUUGAGGAAUUCUGAAGAGGCGUCAAAGGCUUUGUGUGAGAAUAGUGACUGCCCAAUUGACAAAAAGGAAGAGGCCAUAGAUAACAUUGUGGUUUCACUGAGAGAGGCACUGUUAUGCAUUUUAUGUUACAAACUUGAUUCAGAAUGCCCUCCAGAAUGCAUUGAGAGAUUCAUUAAACAGCUUCUUGAGCAGAAGAAAGAUGAAAAAGUUAAGUUAUCAGUCUCUAACAAUGAUGCAGCAAUGCAAGGAGCUGAUAAAAAUUGUAAUUCAGCCACAGUUUUACCUGACCCAAGUGAUGACUGCAACACUCAGCUUAAAGCUAGCUGUCCUAUACUUGACAGUGAAAGUGCACUGGCUACUGUCCUUUCUGAUAUGGACGGAAUAAGGUUGCUGCAUUUCUUGAAUGAAAAUUCGGAAGAUCAUGAACUGUUAGGAGAUGAUAUUUUAAUUGUUCUGAAUUCAUCAAUGGAGUCAGCAAAGUUUGUUCUGCAUACUAUUAAAGGAAUUUAUGCUCCCCAUUCAGAAAUAGGAGAUAAGAACUUUGACUCCCUUGUUACCAUGAAAAGUUGCAUUCUUCUGUUAGAACAGCUCAUGAAACAAUCACCAAAGAUCAAGAAAGAGGUUGAAGCCGACGCAAUGAAACUUGCAUCUGAUUGGAAAGCAAAGAUGAGGACUCCUUUUCAGGUCUUGGGCUUCUUGCAUCUUAUUUGUACCUACAAUCUUAAUUCAAGAUUUGAGGUCAGUGAGCUUCAGAGGCACUUUGAAUCUGUUUCAUACCUUAAACACUCUCAUGAGUUAUGCCAAGUCUUCCGAUUAUCAGAUAAGAGCCUGAAUCAGACCAAGACUUCAGAUAGUUGUCACUGGCAUCAAAAGAAUUCUUCUGGUUUCAAUUUGAGCAAAAAGGAAGAUAACAACACUGGUUUUAUGCACUCUGCAAACUUAGGCAAACUUGUUUUAGACGCAAUUUGUCACUGUUAUUACUCAAAUCUGAAGGGCAAAAGAAUUUUAAAGCCUACAGUGGUGAAGUGCUUUAUAAUUUUGCUAGAGAAACUAUUGACAAUGUCACCACAAAUUCAACCUCAUGUCAGAAAGAGAGCUGCCAAAUUUGCUGUUGACUGGAAAGUGCAGCUUUCAGAUAUUACUAGUAAGAAUUCAGGAGAGGUAUUUGUGCUUUUCCACCUUUUGGCGGUCUAUAAAGUGGCUUCUUCAGUUGAUUCAAAUGAGCUUCUAGGCCUCUUGGACAGUAUAUAUACAAGGAGGAGGAUGCCUGAAUUGAUCCGGCUCCUAGGGCUGGGACAUAAAGUUCCUGAUUUUGUAGAAAGUCUCAUUCAGAAGGGCGACAGGCUUCAGGCCAUCCGAUACAUAUAUGAAUUUGAGCUUGUUGGGAAGUUUCUACCGGUGCCUAUCCUAAAAGAUCACCUGAGCUCUAAGGAAGUGAUGAAAAUGUCUCCUGCUAACAUUGGCAUAAUAAGCAAACAACUUGGCAUCCUUAGAGGAUUAGUAAAAUGCAUCAAAGACCAUCAGCUAGAGGUUGAGUAUCCACCUGAAGAUCUUUUAGCUCAAAUUCAGAAUCUAGAGGAGAAGUCUAAGGAGGUCAUAGAAAGAUCUCAGUCAUAUAAGAAUUGCAGCAAGAGGCCGCAUGUUUCUGGCCCAGAUCCUAGGCCUGAAGCUCAGUCGCAUACAAAUUUUCAAAAACGACCUGCUGCAGGCCUAUAUCCUCGACCUGAAGCUCAAACGCAAUGGCGUAUCAGCAAACAUCCACGAAUUGAGCCACCAGCCAGAACUUCCUCGAAUGUUCCAUUCCCUGCCUUUAACCCAAUGGCAAACUUUGCCCGCUGUGAGGGGGCCUAUAUGCAGUCUGGACCUGAAGCUCAAAGGCAAUGGCAUAUCAAUCAACUUCCGCAGGCUCGACCACCAGGACCGAGCUUAUAUGUUCAGCCUCCUUUAUACCCAAUGCCAAACUUUCUCAAUACUCCACCUGCAUUUAAUCCACAGAAUGCACCGCAAUCUUAAUACAAGUGUCUGCACAUAGCACCAAGUCAUGAAGCUUCUUAUCACUUUUUUGGAAGACGGAUGAAAAUCUUAUCUGCAAUUUUCCAGUAACAAUGUCUCGAGGGUCUGCGAGAUCCUCAGCAUGUUAAUUCUCCUGGUCUUUCUUGCAAUGUGAAAAAUGUAAAUUUCAAUGUAACCCAUACUUGAUAGUAUGUUUUGUUUCCUGCUGCUUAAUCUUUCUGGAGACCAUAAGAGGGCCUCAGGAUUUGUUACCAUAUACUCCUAUCUAAUGGGGCCGUUUGGGUUAUGUUAAAAAUUAUUUUAAAAGAAGUACUUCUUGCUCAAAAUAAAGAA